AUGCUCGCUGCAGCUGCGCUCGCCGCGCUCGCCGACGCGCUGCCAGAUACCGUCGGGGCCUCGAGGCAAUGGCAACAUCACAGUAUACAAAGGAGGGGAGUACAACCGCCGGUUGAGAACCCCCGGCUGAACGCCCAAACUGUACAGGGUUGCUUCAAAUCGGCAGGGAACCUCACAAUGAUAUACGACAACGACAUAUACAACAGCAUGGGCAAGUGCUCCUUGAAUAUCUGCUAUGCGCAGAAGUAUGCUGUUGGCGGCACGAUGGGUGGGAGUCAAUGCUAUUGCGGUGAUGCAUACCCGCCGAAGGAGGACCUCGUAGACAACAGCAACUGCAAUUACGAUUGCACGGGUAUUGACACGGAAGCAUGCGGUGGGAUCAAUUUCUGGACCAUAUAUAACACGGGCGUCAAGCUCAUUGUCCCGUACGCGGAGCCCAGCAGCAGCAGUGCAACGAGCUCCUCUACAACGUCGACGCCAACUGCGACCGGAACGGCGGCCGAGGUAACCGUCACGGCCACACAAUCGUCCACGAGUGACUCGGGGAACAACAGCGGCGGAAAAUCCAACGUGGCCGGCAUCGCCGCAGGCGCUGUAGUGGGCGUUCUUGUUGUUGCCGGAGCACUUGGUGGCGGCUUCCUAUACAUGCGCCGCAAGCGGAACAAGGAGAUCGAGGAGGAGCACCGCCGCAAUGCUGCAGCCAACGACUUCUUCGGCAAGCCGCCCCGAAGUAGCGGGGGCACAAGCAUGACAGAUGCCCGCUUGGAUCCGGUGCUAGUCAACAGGAGAUUGAGCGACGGCAGCAUCGCUGACAACCAAGACUACUCAAGGAGGAUCCUUCGCGUAGGUCCGCCCUGGGCGUUUGCCUCAACCAUCUCUCACUGA